AUGCUCCCGAAGCCUCGGGCUCAGGUGAACAAAGUCGGUGCUUUGGUCAUCGAGGGUGCCCUGAAGUCCGUGGUUACCUGUGUGUCUCAGCUGCUUAGUGGGAUCUUGGCCAAUGCGGCCAUCCUGGCUGGAGUCUGUGUGGACGUGGUGAAGAGGAGGAGAUGGAAUUCGCUGGAUCUGCUCUUCUCCUGCCUGGCCAGCUCUCGCAUUUUCUUGCAGGUGAUAGUCUUCUAUAAUUGCUUGGUUCUAGUCUUCGUAGUAGGCCCUGGUGAAAUAGAAAGGAAUUUCCUUGUCUGUAUAUUCAUCAGCGAGCUGAGCCUGUGGCUGGCCACGUGGCUGGGGGUCUUCUACUGCGUCAAGGUGGCCACGGUGGCCUGCCCGCUGUCCCUCUGGCUGAAGAGGAGGAUCUCGGCGCUCGUGCCCUGGCUCAUCCUGGUCUCCCUGCUCUUCGCAGCGCUCGAUGCCAUCGGCCACGACAGAUACACGCGGGGGCUCUUGCAGGAGGCGCUGUUCUUCUACAGCUUGAAGAACAGCACGCGGCAGAGCAUGGAGCUCACGACCGCCUUCGUCUUCCUCCUCACCGGCUUCUGCCUGCCGCUGCUCAUCUUCCUCGGGGCUGCCCUGACCCUCGUCGUCUCCCUGGGGAGGCACAUGAGACAGAUGUGCAGGCUGGGGGGCGCCGGGGACCCCCCCAAGCACUCCCCGAGCGGUGCCCUUCUGUCCAUCCUGUGCUUCCUCUUCCUCUUCGUCUUCCACUAUGUGGUGGGCUUCCUGCUGUCCGCACGUGUUUUCCCGGACGUGGUGUCCAUGAGUGCGGACCCGGGUCCAGCGCAGGAACCCGGGGCUGAUGGUGACCGCGCCAGCCACACGUCCAGCCGGGAGAAGGGUCUGUCCACACACGCUGCUCCACCACUUCCUGCCAGUCCUCCUCCAUGGAGGGAUUAUUCCGUGGAGAAGAACAUCAUGCUUGGAGUCGGCAAAGGAGAGGACACCGUGAGCCAGGCGGAUUGUCACCGCGACUGCAGCAAUGGGCUUGACGCUGGACAGGAGGGGACGUCGUCAUCCUCCUUGGACAUCCCUCAGCAGACGUGCUGCCACCUCUGUGCUGUUACCUUCAGCCAGGCUUACCAUCCCUCCCGCGAGCAGCUCAGUGAACGACCGGCCACACUGUGUCCCAAGAGCUAG